GUAGCACUGGCUCAUGGAGGGACAGACCAAACGUAUCGUACAUACGACUCGACUGUGUAUAGUUUGUGUGGGCAGGCGCGCUGACCUAAUCUAAUCAAGCGGAUCGACUGCUGCGGCUGCUCGCGGCGACAUGUUGCUGCACAGAAGGCGUUUAGCUCUCUUUUUUUUCCUCGGCUCGAAUAUACAAGACGACGACGUUCCUCAGAGGCGAUCGUCUGUAGACAGCCUGCUACUCGAGACUCGCUCGCACGUAUAUGAUGUGCGGGCGUGCGGGUACACACUACACAGCGAGUUAGUAUUCCAGCUGCGAGUAUACACUGUACACGUAUAUAUAGAUAUAUGUAAUGUGCGAUUCAUGCAUAUAUAGGAUGUUAGGCGAGGUUCGACUUUGCGACCGUGAGUUGGCGCUCGCUACUGCACGUAGUCACGUGGUCGCGUUUCGGAGCAAUAAUAUUAUAAUACCAGUGCAGACGCUCCAGUUGACAAAAAUCAUAUAACAUUGAAAUAUGUGGAUCAACUGUGGUAUAUGUCUCCGAAUGAGUGAGCCAACAGCUCGUAAAUUCCUCUCAGAUGAUUGUUUACCCGCCGAGCUCAAUCAGCUACCUAAGCACGUUACAUGCAGCUCCAUAUUCGGAGCAAUGACGUCAUCAUGGCAUAUUCCGCGCUCGCAGCGCCCUCGCAAGCGGGAGAUUCGAAAAGCUCAGAAGAACAAUUCUUUAAUUCUAUAAUCAAUAGCUACGUGCUGGAAUGCACAAGCUAUUAUCGCUCACGAGACUCUUCUGCACGCAUUACGAAAAAAAAUCGACACGUCCGCACAAUCGAUUAUCGAAACAAUCGAUCGAAGAUCUGAGCGCUUACGUAACAUCUCUCUCAAUAAAGCCUCGAGAGUCCGUUCACUGACGAGAAAAAGCGGCGCCGACUUGCCAAUGUGCCAGUGUGGUCACACAAGAGGACACACUGUACGUACACUUAACAUUAUAUAUACGCAGGCGUUUAUCAUUCGGCCGAGCCGUGACUCGCGCGAUAACGAGCGCCGCGCGAUUGGCCAAGAGUCGCCUCAGCUGAUGAUGCGGUCGCGCGCGCGCGCGCGCGAGUCUGUCGAGUCGGGCCGACAGACGGUGAUCUUACCGUGAGCCGAGCGGUGUGUUAUAGCCAGUGCUCCUGCCGAAACUGACACUUGUUGCUCUGAGAAAGGAACCGCUUGAUUCUUCGUUUUGCUUUAAGGACUUAAUUGGAGCAAAGAUGACGGAAGCAGUCGCCGAUAUUGCCCUGAUUGGCCUGGCCGUGAUGGGUCAGAAUUUGAUCCUGAACAUGAACGACCACGGCUUCGUCGUCUGCGCGUAUAACCGCACUACCGACAAGGUCAGGGCAUUCCUGGACAACGAGGCCAAAGGCACCAAAGUUGUCGGCGCCUUCAGUCUUGAGGAAAUGGUAGCCAAACUUAAGAAACCCAAGCGUGUUAUGCUACUUGUCAAAGCUGGAUCAGCCGUGGAUGCCUUUAUCGACAAGCUUGUGCCUCUGCUGUCUGCUGGCGAUAUCAUUAUUGAUGGUGGUAACUCUGAGUAUCAGGACACAGAGAGGAGAACCAAGGAUUUGGAUGCCAAGGGUAUCUUGUUUGUCGGAAGUGGUGUUAGCGGCGGCGAGGAGGGUGCCAGGUAUGGACCUUCUCUCAUGCCUGGUGGCAACCCCAAGGCUUGGCCGCACAUCAAACCAAUUUUCCAGGCUAUUUGUGCAAAAGCAGACGGAGAACCAUGCUGCGACUGGGUGGGAGAGACCGGUGCUGGACACUUUGUCAAGAUGGUUCACAAUGGUAUAGAGUACGGAGACAUGCAAUUGAUCUGCGAAGCCUACCAUGUCAUGCGCGAUGGACUGGGUCUUGGCAAUGAGGAAAUGAGCAAUGUCUUCACUGAGUGGAACAAGGGAGAGUUGGACUCCUUCCUCAUUGAAAUCACUAGCAACAUCCUCAAGUACAAAGAUGAGAAGGGUUACCUGUUGGAGAGGAUAAGAGACACUGCUGGACAGAAGGGAACUGGAAAGUGGACUGCCAUUUCAGCUUUAGACUAUGGAGUACCAGUUACUCUAAUUGGAGAAUCAGUAUUUGCAAGAUGCCUUUCUGCUUUGAAGACUGAGAGAAUAGAAGCCAGCUCUGUAUUACUUGGACCAAACACCAAAUACCAGGCUGACAAGAAACAGUUUUUGGAACAUCUGAGGAAAGCUCUCUAUGCCUCCAAAAUAAUCUCCUAUGCUCAGGGAUUCAUGCUUCUGAGGGAAGCUGCCAAAAUUCACAACUGGAAUCUCAACUAUGGUGGCAUCGCUCUCAUGUGGAGAGGUGGCUGUAUUAUCAGAAGCGCCUUCCUGGGCAACAUCAAACUGGCCUUCGACAAGAACCCCAAGCUCACGAACCUCCUGCUCGACGAUUUCUUCGCCAAAGCCAUGAAAGACUGCCAGGCCAGCAUCCGCGUGGCUGUCUCCACCGCGGUGAACCUCGGCAUUCCAACUCCAGCUCUCUCAACAGCUCUGGCCUUCUACGACGGCUACCGCGCGCCCAGACUACCUGCCAACCUUCUCCAAGCCCAACGUGACUACUUCGGAGCGCAUACCUACGAGCUUCUCGGCCAGGAAGGCAAAUUCGUCCAUACCAAUUGGACCGGCCACGGCGGCAACGUCUCCGCGUCGACGUACGAUGCUUGAAAUCGACGAUGAUACGUAGAUGUGUAUGAGCUGACGAACAAACGGAGCUUGUCGUUGUUUUUUCGGCUGUUUUAAAUUGUAUCAAGGUUAUGCUUUUACUUGUAAAUAGAGUCAAGUUAGAUAAUCAUGUAUCGAGGCAGCUGCAGCGCUUUUAAUCUAAUUUAUUCACUCCUCGAUUUCGAGAUCUCUCGAUUAUAGAAUUUCUGUCAGAAACAAAAAUCUGUAAGAUGAUGUAUGUGUGUGCAAGCGUCGCUCUACGCUGGGUCGUAGAGGAAAACUUAAACUGUCUUAUGAAUAACUAUAAGUGAAAAACAGGUGUAAUUAGUUCGUAUCGAAGCGUAAUACAGCGUCGUACGGGUACGAAAAAAUAGGUUGCCUUUCAUGACAAACAAAUGUAACGAAAAGAACUUUCCGCGCGUACUUUAAAUAUUAUGUAUAAUUAUCUCUUUUUGAUAAAUAAUUAUAUUUCCAUGCUAGAUUAUUCAUAA